AUGUUUAAGCAAGCUACGUACUUCAGGAUACCUAUUUGCUCUCGGUUACGGUUGUCGAAAAGGUUAUCUAGCACGUACAAAACAGCAAUUGAAAAUGCAGAGAAAUUGGUCCAACCAGAAUCAGACAAGAACUUCAAGGAUCCUUUUUCGAUCGUUAGCCAUGAAAUGUCAAACCUUGCAAAGUCUAUUGCUAAUCUAAUUGGCUCAGGUCAUCCAACUUUGAAUAGAGUUUCUUCGUAUUAUUUUGAAGCGGAAGGGAAGAAUAUAAGGCCAUUAAUAGUGUUGUUGCUAUCGAAGUGUCUCCUGGCAAUUCCCUUGGAGCAAAGAAACAGGAUACAGAUAGAUACUGAGGAUGUUACUACUCAAUCCCAGUUUGAUGGAACGCCAUCGGGACCAUCUCUAGCUGGAAACUCUGUCGAUCAAUCUAUAUCUCCCUUGGCAAUAUUGCAUGGAAUUAACCCGAGAGUGAUAUUAGAUCCUCUCUCGAAACCAAUGGAUAAAUUACCAGAAAUCAAAAACGUUACCACAAUUUUGCCGAAGCAGAGAAGACUAGCUGAAAUAGUUGAAAUGAUACAUACGGCAUCCUUGCUUCAUGAUGAUGUUAUAGAUAUUUCAGAUGCCAGAAGAGGUAGACCAAGUGGUAACAUUGCUUUCACAAAUAAGAUGGCAGUUUUAGCUGGUGACUUCUUACUCGGUAGAGCUUCGGUUGCAAUUGCUAGACUACGCAACCCGGAGGUAAUAGAGUUGUUGUCAACAACAAUUGCUAACCUUGUUGAAGGUGAGUUUAUGCAGUUGAAAAAUACUGUAAUCAGUACCGAACCUAACCAAAUAAUUAAUGAUGGUGAGAAGAAGAAAAUACCUGUCGCAACAGGUAAAGUUCCCACUAAGCAGCAUGAGUAUUCAGUUCAAGUCCCUAAAAAAGUUGACCAUACUACAAAUGUGAAUGCUGCUUUUGAAUAUUACUUGCAUAAGACUUACUUGAAGACCGCCUCUUUGAUGUCAAAGCUGUCAAGGGCAACUGCUGUAUUGAGUGGUGCUCAAGAAGAUGUUAUAGAAAACUGUUACGAUUUUGGUCGAAAUCUUGGCUUAUGCUUCCAAAUUGUAGACGAUUUAUUGGACUAUACUUCAAGUGAUGUUGCAUUCGGCAAGCCAAGUCAAGCAGAUUUGAAGCUUGGUUUGGCUACUGCGCCAGUGUUAUUUGCGUGGAAAGAUAAGCCAGAGCUCGGUGAAUUGAUCUCGAGGAAGUUUAGUGAAGACGGUGAUGUUGAAAUAGCUAGGCGUGCCGUUAAGGAAUGUCACGGUUUAGAACAAACGCAACAGAUGGCGAAGGAGUAUUGUCAAAAGGCACUUGAGAAUUUAAGAACUCUUCCAGAUUCUGAUUCUCGUAAUGCAUUAGAAUUUUUGACGAAUUCUAUAAUAACUAGAACUAAAUGA